GCGUUCCGCGCGUCCGGCUGCCGGCAACCACGUGGGGCCGGGCAGGUUUCCGGUGCCGGGGGCAGCAGGCGGAGGUGAAUCCCGAGCAGCUGGAGGGGACCAUGGCCAACAGUGAGCGCACCUUCAUCGCCAUCAAGCCUGAUGGGGUCCAGCGCAGCCUCGUGGGAGAGAUCAUCAAGCGUUUUGAGCAGAAGGGAUUUCGCCUUGUUGCUAUGAAAUUCAUGCAUGCUUCUGAAGACCUUCUCAAGGAACACUACAUCGACCUGAAGGACCGCCCAUUCUUUGCUGGCCUGGUGAGAUACAUGCACUCAGGGCCAGUGGUUGCCAUGGUCUGGGAGGGGCUGAAUGUUGUGAAGACAGGCCGAGUGAUGCUCGGAGAGACCAACCCUGCGGACUCCAAGCCUGGGACCAUCCGUGGGGAUUUUUGCAUCCAAGUUGGCAGGAACAUCAUCCAUGGCAGUGAUUCCGUGGAGAGUGCAGAGAAGGAGAUCGCCUUGUGGUUUCAACCUGAGGAACUGGUCGAAUACAAGAGCUGUGCUCAGAACUGGAUCUAUGAGUGACAUGAAA